GCUGCACGCUGCGCUUUACUCUUUACAAACAUGGCGGCGCAGACAGACCGAGGCAUUCCUAUAAGCGCAGUUAGUCCACGUUUCCUGCAUACAAACUCUACAAGCCACACUGGGCCAUUCAGCGCUAUUGCAGAACUGAUUGAUAAUGCUUAUGACCCAGAUGUCAGUGCAAAGCAAUUUUGGAUUGAUAAAACAGCAGUCAAAGGGCAGGACUGCCUUACCUUCACAGACAAUGGAAACGGCAUGGACUAUGACAAGAUGCACAAAAUGCUCAGUUUUGGCUUCAGUGAUAAGCAGACGAUAAAAGGCCAUGUCCCAGUGGGUCUUUAUGGCAAUGGUUUUAAAUCAGGUUCCAUGCGCUUGGGGAAGGAUGCCAUCGUGUUCUCAAAGAAAAACAACAUCAUGUGUGUGGGUCUUCUGUCUCAGACUUACCUUGAGAAGACUGAAGCACAGAAUGUCAUAGUACCUAUUGUCGUGUUCACCAAAACCGGAGAGCUUGUCAGUGUCGAACAGGAACAUAAAGAGAGUCUUGAUGAUAUCUUGAAAUAUUCUCUGUUUAACACAAAGGAGGAACUGCUAUCAGAGUUUAAAGCCAUUGAUGGUCCAUAUGGCAAAAACUCCAACGGAACCCGCAUCAUCAUCUGGAAUCUCCACAGAAUGUCAUCAAAUGAAUUGGAGUUUGACAUCACAAAAGAUCGUUAUGACAUUCGGAUCCCUGUCGACAAUAGUGAGAGCUCGAGCGAUCCAAACAUGAAGCCAGAGCAUGAACCAGAGUGUAAAUAUUCGCUGCGGGCAUACAGCAGUAUCUUGUACCUGAAACCUAGAAUGCAGAUUAUUAUCCGAGGGCAGAAGGUGAAAACCCAGCUGGUCUCCAAAAGCCUGGCAAACGUCUUUAAGGACUCAUACAAGCCUGCAUUUCUUAGCAAAAAAGCAAUUAAAAUCAUAUUUGGCUACAAUACAAAAAGCCAGGAGCAGUAUGGAUUGAUGAUGUACCACAAGAACCGCCUCAUCAAAGCCUACGAACGUGUCGCCUGUCAGUGCAAGGGCAACGACACAGGAGUGGGAGUUAUCGGGGUAAUAGAAUGCAACUACCUCAGUCCAAUGCACAACAAGCAGGACUUUGAUAACACAGAGGAGUACAGAAAAACCAUACAAAAUGUAAGUAUUAAGCUGGAGGAAUAUUGGAAGGAAAUGCGCUUUAGAAAAAACAAGAGUAGCAGUCUACCUGUUGAAGAUAUUGUGAAGCGACCAGAUCAAAACUGGGUGCAGUGUGACGAUUGUCUAAAGUGGCGAAAACUUCCUGAUGGCAUCGAUACUGCAAUGCUUCCGGAUAAGUGGCAGUGCAAUUUGAACCCUGACCCGCAGUUCAGGAGUUGUUUAGUUGAGGAAGAGCCUGAGGAUUCUGAUGAUGAAGAACCCAGAUACCAGAAAACCUACAAACAGCAUGAGCGAAAUCAGAAGUUGCAGAUGGAGAGGAACAGACAGAAGGAGCAGGAGGAGAAAGGGGCAGGGAAGGAGGUUAUCUUAGCUCUGGCCAAAGAAAACGCGAAAUUGAAAGAGGACCUAGCGCGCAAGUGUAGUAGCCCCGCCCAAGGAACACCUGGCUCCCCCCACAAUUCCAAUCUUCACAGACGUGCAGGCUCCAGAUCUCCUGAUGUUCCAGUUAUUAGUCAUGUCAGAUCUCUAGCUACUACUUCAACAGGGAAGAGAUCUCUGGGGCCAAUCCAAGAGAAUGGAGAGAUAAAACGAGCCAGAACAAGAGACAUAUUUGGAAGCAACACACAAGGCAGUCCAUCAUCAUCCACAAACUCACCUGAGGUCUGUUCCUCACCAGUCAUAUUCAGGCCUGAGGGUGGUGGUGAUCCAGCACCAAUUGAGGAUGAUGACAUUAUGUUCGUUAAGGUCCUCAACGCACCUAAGUCAGCAACAGAAAUAUUUGACAUUAAUAAGGUAAAGUCAGAGUGUGUGGAGAGUAAGGAGGAGUUGGGAAAACAAAUGGCGCGAGCUGACAGUAAUAGUGCUGUGUCCAUGGAGACAACAGCAGCAGCUUUGUCCUCCAACAGCAGCAUCGGAACCCAGACCCAUCAAAACCCAAUCGUGAAACAGGAAGAGGAGUAUUCAGAAACAGGCCAAGAUGGAGAAAGCAAUAGCAUUCAUAGCAGUACACGCAAAGAACAGAAUUCUAUUAAUGCAGAAACAAGACUCCAUCAAAAGAAUGUACAAAGUCCAGAGGUCGAAAACCAAGACAAAAACAAGACUAUAAGUGCACUAAAAUCAGAAGAAGAGCUAAGCCAUUGGGACAUCUCAGAUGAAAUUAACCCAGGUUAUCAGUCUUCAGCAAAACUGGAAGACUCUGUUCUUAAUGUAUUAGAAGCCCAGCAGCAACAGGACAGGCUGCUGGAACUGCUGGAGGUGGCAACAAAGGAGCGAGAUGAGAGCCGCUCUCAGCAGCUUCUUCUCAGCUCACAAGUGGAGGAGCUGAGGAGCCAAUUGCAGGAGCUUAAACAAAGCACACUGAAAAAGGAGCACAGCCACCACAGCACACAGACCAACCCCGAGGAGGCAGAAGACUACAAAGUGCUAUACUUGCAGGCCAAAGAGGAGAUAAAACAGCUCAAAGAUCAGCUCAGUGAGCUGAAGGUGGAGAAAGCAGUGUGGGAGAGAAAAGGCCAGGAGGCUUCAUUAGAGUGUGACGAUGAGUUAGCUUGUCAGAUUGACAGUCUGUUAAGAGAACUGGACCAGAGAAACAAGGAGCAAGAAGAGCUGAAGGAAAAGGUAGGUAGUCUAGAAAAUGAGAAGAGCACUUUGUUGACCUGCUGUGAGAGCCUACGGAAAGAGUUGGAGGAGAUAAAGAGUGAAAUUGAAAAGGUGAAUGUUAGUGUAGAAGAUCGAGAGGUCCAGACAGAUUUUCCCUCCUCCUAUGAAGAAAGUACAGCAACUUCAGCAGAAGCCCCAAAUUCAGGAAGAGGAAGAGACUCACAUUCACAGCAGCAUGAGACACAGGACAGACCAGAGAAUGGACAAGAAAACAACAACUUGGAGACAGACAAGUCUAGAUUAAGAGAACUCCGACAAAGAGUGGCGCAACUCCUGCUUACCUUCAUCCCUGCCCUGGACCUGCAGCAGAUGGGAUAUUCCAGCACUCAAAUUGUAGUUCUGGGAGUACGAAGAAUCAUUUUCACACAUGAAUUAGCCCAAAACCUUUCAAUAGUGACUAAAGCUAAACACAGUCUAUUGAAAUAGCUCUCCCUCAUCUUACUAGGCAUAUCAGUGGGAACAAUUGAAAUCGCCAGACUGGGCUGUGUGUCAUGCUUGUGUGCAUCAUGGGCCUUUUUUUCCUGAUCAGUGUAGAAUUUUUUUAUUAGCCCUGCAUAUGUUUGCAGUACUUAAUUUAUACCAGGACUUUUUGAAAGUAAGCAGGAUUUUAUGUCUCCAGUCACCCGAACGCUUCUAUUAAUUUCCUGAUUUCACGCUUGAGUCUCAAUUCUUAUUUACUUCAACAUACCCAAGUAACAGUAUGAGCUAACUUACUUAAACAUUGUUAAAAGCCUACCAUUUGGAAUGUUUAUUACAAGAGGGCGAUAAGAUCUCUUGAGAAAUACACACUAAAGUAAGGAAAUGGAAAUUAUUAUUAGAAUUAAGGAAAUGAUGAAAUCAUUUCUUUCACCCAUGCUGCGAACGACAGUCAGUGUAGAUACUAUAUAGUUUAAUGUCCCAGUGCUGCUAACGUUCAUUAUCACUACUCCUGGGAUGACUUUUAUCCAGUCAGAUUACUCAGUUGGAACUAACUGUUGUAUUAAAUUGUGUUUAUUUGACUGAAUGGCUAACAAAGUUGUUACUAAUGGAAACCUUGUUUUUAUCAAAACAUGGUUUAAACGUAACCCAUGCACACAUCUGCGGUGACAUCCACAAUGACUGGCACCCAAAACAGACUGUUACUCCAAAAAAAAAACUAUUAAUUAGCCUCUAUAAUAAAAUAAGAAAACUUAUUAGAAGAAGGAAUAGAAAUUAAAACAAGAAUAAGGAUUUUAUUAAGUACCAUGUGGAAUGUUACCAUUUCCAACAUUAAUUGAUGAAAGAGUUUAGAAAAUGCUUUUCUGGUAAUUAGAAACAGGAUGGUACUAAAAUUAUCUUCUGUAUAUCACAAGGUGCAACACUUUACAUUAAUCAUUAUUUUAUAAUCAGUAUUAGCUGCGAUAUUGAAUUUUAUUGACAAAAAAUUAUAUACAUUUAUAUGGCUGUGGUUUUCAAGGAGUGACCCACAUAUCUUUUACGUUUUAUCUUUAAACGUUUCAACAACUCAUUUUCUGAUGCCUAUUACAGUUUCUUCCUUUUCUUGUGUUAUUAUUGCCAUGUUCUGUUUUUGUAACUCUUUCUAUUUGUAAAUGAGGGAUUUUAACACAUUUUAGGGUUUAAAUAAACAAAAUCAUCUGAGUUA